UACUAGCUAGGAGUAGACAGCGGCAGCGACUGAUUCUCCAGCGACUGCGACUACUGUGUCAUCCAAGAUGCUGGCCCUCAUCAACAGGCUUUUGGACUGGUUCCGGUCUCUUUUCUGGAAGGAGGAGAUGGAGCUUACAUUAGUUGGACUUCAGUACUCCGGGAAGACCACAUUCGUCAAUGUGAUUGCAUCAGGCCAGUUCAGCGAAGACAUGAUCCCCACAGUCGGUUUCAACAUGCGAAAGGUUACAAAAGGCAACGUGACGAUAAAGAUAUGGGACAUAGGUGGACAGCCUCGCUUCAGAAGCAUGUGGGAGCGCUACUGUCGAGGAGUCAAUGCUAUUGUUUACAUGGUGGACGCAGCAGACCGAGAGAAGAUAGAAGCUUCCAGAAAUGAACUCCAUAACCUUUUAGAUAAACCGCAGCUACAAGGAAUACCCGUUCUAGUUCUGGGCAACAAAAGAGACCUACCCAAUGCACUUGAUGAGAAGCAGCUUAUUGAAAAAAUGAACCUGUCAGCCAUUCAGGACCGAGAGAUCUGCUGCUACUCUGUCUCCUGCAAAGAGAAAGACAACAUAGAUAUCACACUGCAGUGGCUGAUCCAGCAUUCAAAAUCGCGAAGAAGCUGAAGGUGACGCCCCCCUAGUCCCAGCUCUGGCCUCAGCCCCUAAUGGUCAUGGGUCCUUUACAGUCAUCCCUUCCACUGCCUCUGUGAAGUAAUCCAGCUCUCUCCGCUCACCACCACCACCUGCAUCACCCAGUACACUACCAUAGAUGUGUAGUCCCUGUACAGCACUACCACCACCCCAACUAUCUGGAGUCUUGAAAAGUUGUCUCAGUACUGUGCUAGAAAGUGGAUUGUCCAUACCCAUCAUGCCUUAUUGCCUGUCGUUGCGGAAAUGCUCUGUUUGUGUUCGUCAUGGAGGGUUUUUUUUUUUUUUUUGGAGGGGGGGUUGUUUUUUUUUUUUUUGUUUGCUUCAAGUGGUUUUCAUUCCCCUUGACACAGGAAUCGAAGGACAUUGCAGUCUACAGUUACUUUGGCUACAUUUCGGGUGGACCUCCUAUAAUCCCGUCAUCCAAGAUCCGUUCUAUUGCCUGUUAGCAUCUGGUGUUCAUGUGACAUCGUGUGAUUGUAGUUUUUAACAGUUACUUGCCAAACGAUGAUGGUUGCUUGCGCGAAUGCCUUCAAAUUCUUGAUAAACUCUUAGCAAUGUAGCCUGCACUUUAUUUGCUGGCAAAUGAAAUAUCCAUUUUAUGAAGUGACUUAAAUUAAAGAGUUUACAGAUUAAAAAAAAAAAGAUACACAGAAAGUAAGACUGUGUGAGUGGUUGUUUCUAAGCUAAAUCCUAAAACAGGUCAGCAGAGUUUUAAGUGCCUUCUGCUACACGGAGUGAUCCAAACAGACAGUUAUUGCCCAAUGUAACUUCUAACCCACUAUUACAAAACACUUGGCCCUGGCACAGCUUUAAUCCCUUGAUUACACUUGCAAUAUCUCUUGACAAUCUCAUUUUAUUCCAUGUAAUCACAUGAAUACACCUAGAGAAGGCGCUACUGUCAAAAUGAUGGAAAACGAGGACGGAGAAAUGGACAGUUGGGAUGCACUGAAAUGAGAAACUGUUACAUUUACUGAGUUAUUGGGGAUUUUGAAUGCUAUUUCACCAUAGCCUGGCACCAUUUUAUGUAGCUUAAAAUGUGGGCGGGUGUUUGCUUGCAGUUCUCAGGUCCUUAUAGGAUUUUUUUUUUUUUUUUUUGAUUGUGUAAACACAGCACGGGCUUGCCCAAAUAUCAGUUUUACUAUUCCUGUCAUGUUCAGUUUGGGUAACAGAACGCCAGUGUUAGUCGUGAUGAAGGUUACGGCACAGAUUACAGUCCAUCGAUUCAAAACCAUCAGAUGCUUGAUGUCAUCAAUGCCUUGUCACCUCUUGCGCCCUUGCCUGAAUCAUGAUGUCUUACGUAAAGCCUUACAGUACCAGUCCAAGGACGACGCUGUGUCCUCUCACAGUGACAUGCCGAUUGAUGCCAUUUCCGUUCUUUUCAGCGAGAAGACAAUGAUUUUCACAGGUUUGGCUACUGUUCUCAGAUUGACACUUUGCAAUAGCUUAAAUAAUGUAUAUUAAUCUGCCCCUUGCUUGUUCAGCGCACCUCAAUCAAUCAGUUGAAGUUUGUCCAAUGUGUGUGUUGUGAUUUGGGGGGUUGGAAUGGAUAUCACUGUUGCUAUGUAGGCCGACACGGCUUAGACUUAUGCAUCUCACCUUUUUGUCUCGUCUAAGAAUCCCUCAUGGUCUCUGUUCUUUCACGUCUCUUUGUGUCUAUUGGUGAUCGUUGUAUCCCUGAUUGUUGAUUGUUGGGACCACAGCAGCAGUGAGGGGCUGUAAAAUUGGGUGACUGUGUGGGUAAUUGGGUAAAGCUUUGUUACCUGUGUAAUAAUAUAGCUUAUUUGCAAUUUGUAUGUGCAUGUGCUAAACUUAUUCACAUUCAAUUGCAGACUUUGUAAAUAAGAAGUUAGCAUUUUUAUUCAAACAAAUGCUCUUGUAGAUGUCAUGCAUUCUUCCCCUGUGAUUGCUAAUAAAUUUGUUUUUAUUUUUAAGGA